AUGAUGGCCAAGAAGGCGCAAGAACACCUUAGUGCACAGCCCAGCCCAUCACGGAAGCUAACCUCCCAUCAUGGACGCCAUCUACACGGCUCACAGCAGCAGAAAGGCUGCCACCAUCAUCAAAGACCCCUCCCACCCCGGAAACAAUCUCCGACAACCUCUUCCAUCAGAGGAAAGGCUGGUCUCCAUCCACUCCCUCCCUUCCCUGACUCGUUGCUACGUUAUGGGAAAGCUCGGAGCAGUUUCUUCAGACCGGGAGCUGGGGGCGAUGCAAGCUCUGAUGCAAUCUCCAGCGCAGUAAUCAGCUGUUUUCGAGACCUCUGUGGAUUGUGCUGGAUGUUCCAUGUCCGUGAAAGGCUGAGUGAGAGCUGUCGCAAAUAUCAAAAAGCCAGAGACAAUACCAGAUCCUCUCAGAACUACGAGGUGACAACAGAUUAUGAUGCUGCUGUGGUUGACCACUGUCUGAAUUCCCUGGAGUGGGCUUGUCGAAUGCUGCCCUUCGCUAGGUUCAUGAAUGUGGAGGAGUUGGUACAGGACAUCAUCCUCAGCUUGGUUAGUGAGCUGCCUCCAAUCAGAAAGGUUGCUGAGAUCUUGGUCAAGGCCUUUCCUGAUGUGGAAGACGUUCGAGUGCCUCUCAGGGAUAAAUAUCACUCACUGCAGCAUCACCUACGUCACAGCACAGUACGAGGCCUUAAUAAAGAUGAGAUGAUGUCAGUCCUUCUGCAUGAGCUUCAUGGACAGAGGAUGAAAUUGAUGAAGAGGGCAGCACAGACCAUUGGUCCCAUGGAACAGCACAUUUGGGAACGAGCGGAUGAGAGUUUGAGGGACCAAGAGGACCAGAUGUACGAUCGCUUCUCCUUGGGGACAACUCUGAGCAGAAGCUCUUUAACGGACACUGGACGAGGUCAAAACCAGGGAGAUGGAGACACAACAGACAAUAUCUCAGAGGAUCUCCAGGAUCAGAGUGAACACCAGGAUAGAAUCCAGCAGUUACUAGGAACUGGUGACAGGAACCCAGCAUCAGGUCUCCACAGGAACUCACUCAGCAGGAACAAUGGGCUGGGUUACCUAAAGCCUGCUGAGUCCAGAAAGGAUGAGGUGCACACAGCCUGCCCGCCUGCUGUUGGAUCAUGGGAGUUUGAGCGUGAUGAUGAGGAGUAUGUGAAGUUCCUGGAGCUGUUCCUGAGCUACCUGUUGGAGAGAGACUGGGUUGUGAAUGAGGGCCCAGCUGUCCCACUGCUAAGCAGCUGCUCGGUCUUCCUGAGGGAACAGGAGCUGAACUCACUGGCAUUCCAGGUCCACACCACCUUAAAGAGGAGACAGAGCAAGUCGAGAGCUGCUGGCCAGCUCAAUAGAACAAACAACAGUUCUCCCUUAAUAUCUGUGUUGCAUCAGGACAAGAAGCUGAGCUGUGGGGGAGGAUCAAAACCCCCAGGCUCUUCACCCAUUCAACAGAUGUCCCACUCCACUGGCUACCCUGAAGAGAUGACAAAAGAGUUCAGUAUCCAUAGCUACUUUCCUGCUGCUGGCACUCGAGGCAGGGUGAGGGGCAGAGGCUUGUUUGGGUUAAAGUUGCACUCUCUGCCCAGUCAGUUAAAUGUGUUCCGUCACUGGGAAACUGCUUCUCAGCCUGCCUGCUGUACUGAGGAGCCAGGGACAGCAGACCGCACUCGCUGCUCAUCACUCUCUGCUCUGUUAGAAGAGGAGUUCACCUCCGAGCUGGAGAUCAAGUUCCAGGCUACAGCGAAGAUCUUGGAGUGGAUGAUCCGAUGGGCUGGACGGAGGCUGCUGAGUGGCCCUCACAAAGUGGAGAAAUUACUGGAGCACAACACAAACAUACGAGUUGAAACAUCAAUGCCAGUCAUUCUCUGCUCACUGUGGCUGCUGGAAAGGGAUCUGGGGGCCAAGGCACUGGAUAGGCAAAACAACAAGAAUGUGGAGAGCCAGUUGAUGGAGCAGCCCAGACUGAAGCUAGACAGAGAAACCAGUGUGGACACAGGCUACCCAGCAUCUCUGGGGACUCCGAUCAUAGGCUUGGAGGCUGAUAUGAAAGAACAUAUUGGACCUGUUGUACAGUCAGGACAGGAUCUCAGUCACUCCAACCAGAGCCACCAGCAGGAACUGACUUCGGACUCUGACAGUGGAACAGAGGAGGAUGUUCUGGACAGAGGAGAUCAGGAGAACGGCAUUCUCAACCACGGCAAUCAAUGUGAAGGGCUCACUCAGACACAUCUGAAUGGAUAUGAGGAGGUGGAGGUGGAGGGCAGUGAUGCUGAUCAAAGAGCCUGCACUCCCUUCAGCCCCUAUAUAUCGAUCAGCAUCAAGCCCAAGCCCCGAACUAGCACCAGAGACAAGAUAGAGCACAGCUUGGAAAUGGAGACUCCCCAGGAGGAGUCCAAGAGCAAACAACUUGGAGAACAGGAAGAGCAAAUGGAAGGAGAAGAAUCUGUGAGGAAGCAGGGAGAAGGGCUCACUGGUGAUUGCAGCAUCUCUCAGAUCACAUCCCAACAUGUGAAGCCAGACACAGACAGCUCUGACCUUUUACCCCUCCAGGCUGCCUCCUCCCAAUUGCAGCCUGUUUUAAAUUGUCACUCUGUGCCCAGUCCACCCACAUCACCUGUGUCAGUGCCAGCUGCUACCCAGACUGUGAAUCCUGAUGGUCAGACUGUCAACGUGUCCAAUCUCUGUCGACAAAUGCUCCAGGAUGAAAUGUCAAAACUGGUUCAGGUAAUGUAA